AUGGCACCUAGACUCCCUCCUCCACCCCAACCUACGGAACCUGAUGCGUCCAAGAACGCUAGGUUGUUGGAGACGGUGAUAGACCGCUUACAGCAACAGAACACGACACUGAUGGAACAAAAUGCCACUCUAAUGCAGCAGAAUCAGAGUGCCAUGCAGAGUUUGGAAGCUUCGCGUGCCAACUCUGAAACAACACAAAGACAAUUGAUGGAGAUCUUAGCAGCGACCAGGCAUAAUUCAGGGGCGUCUUCUUCCAACGCUGGCCCGCCUACUGCCGAGUGGAGCUUGGAGAGUUUUCUCCAACACCAUCCGGCCAAAUUCAGUGGGAAAUGCCUUCCUGAUGAGGCAGACCAGUGGCUGAGAGACAUGGAACGUAUCUACAAUGCUAAGAGGUGUCCGGAUGAAAGCCGCCUGGCUUUUACAGAGUACUUACUGACUGGCGAAGCUAGCCACUGGUGGACGACUGUGAAAGCCAUCUUAACGGACGCUCAGAAUCCCAUCACCUGGGCGGUUUUCAGAGACAAAUUUUAUGAAGAGUACUUCCCGGACAGCGUUCGUUACGCUAAGGAAGUUGAGUUUCUUCAACUGGCGCAAGGAGCGAAGUCUGUGUCGGAGUAUACCAACACCUUUAAACAUCUUCUGAGGUUCAACACGAUGGCCACCAGUGAGGAGUGGCAGUGUAGGAAAUUCGAGAACGGACUGCGGAGUGAUUUGAAGGUAUUGAUUUCCAGUUUGUGCAUCCGGUCGUUCCCAGCCAUGGUUGAGAGGGCUAAAGUAUUAGAGAAAACUAUGGCUGAGGCGGAACAACAGAAGAAACAACAGGCGUCAAGAGGACCAGUUCUGUCGAGACCUACUGUGAAUCGGAACAGGACCCCAUACUCUCGUCCAGCUCAGUCGAGUGGUUCACAAGCUAUGGUAGUUGCUGGACAAGCAAAUCAACCGGGGCCGGUCAGAUGUUUUCAGUGCGGAGGACCCCACUUUAGAUCAUCAUGCCCUCAGUUGGUUGGAGGGAAAUAUUGCACUCGUUGUAAAAGAAACGGUCAUCUGGAAAACGAGUGUAAUAUGGGCGGACGUGCAGUGAUGAGACCGCCGAACGCUGGAAGGACUCAGCAAGGAAGAGGUGGCCGAGCCCAAGCUGUGGGGCGUGUAUAUGCAACCACGGGUGCGGAAGCAGCGAGUUCAGGUACACUUAUUACCAGCACAUGCUUGCUAUAUGGAAUGAAAUGUUGUGUACUGUUUGACUCGGGGGCAACACACUCCUUCAUCUCGAAGGCGUACGUUGAUAAGCUGGGAUUAGCUGAGAGUGAGAUACAGUUCGACUUGGUGGUGUCAACCCCAGCGGCUGGAGAGGUUAGGACAUCUACCGUGUGCGUUAGAUGUCCCAUUAAGGUAGAAGGGCGUAGAUACAAGGUGAAUUUGAUAUAUUGUGGUGCUAAGGAAUUGAUUUUUCCGGAGGAAGAUGAAGAAGAGUUGGGUGUGACGCUCAGUCAACUGAAAGAGGAUAUCAUGGAGGGCGCGAGUUGCUUCUGGAUCAUGACGCAUGAAGACAGUGAGGUUGCGGAUAAGAGUUUUGAACGUUCGUCCAAUAAGUACACUGAAGGACGAACGGUGGUGGACGAAUUCCCGGACGUCUUUCCGGAUGAGGUGCCUGGAUUGCCUCCCGUUCGUGAAGUUGAGUUUACCAUUGAUUUGAAGAAGGAUGGCAGCUCUCGGCUAUGCAUUGACUAUCGUCAAUUGAAUAAGCUGACCAUCAAGAACAAAUACCCACUGCCUCGCAUUGACGAUCUGCUGGAUCAAUUGCAUGGAGCGAGCGUCUUCUCCAAGAUAGAUUUGAGAUCGGGCUACCACCAAAUUCGGGUUAAGGAAGGAGAUAUUCAGAAGACGGCCUUUAGAUCUCGAUAUGGACAUUAUGAGUAUGUGGUCAUGCCGUUCGGUGUGACGAACGCUCCGGCGGUCUUCAUGGAUUACAUGAAUAGGAUCUUCAGGCCGUACUUGGACAAAUUUGUGGUGGUGUUCAUUGACGAUAUUCUCAUCUACUCCAGGAGUUGUGAAGAGCAUGAAGAGCACUUGAGAUUAGUACUUGGAGUGUUGAGGGAAAAGGAGUUGUACGCUAAGUUGACCAAGUGCGAAUUUUGGAUGAAGGAAGUGCAAUUCUUGGGUCACGUUGUAUCUGCUGGUGGAAUUUCAGUCGACCCAGCCAAAGUACGAGCAGUCUUGGAAUGGGAAAGCCCACGUUCGGUAACAGAAGUUAGAAGCUUUGUGGGACUGGUGGGCUACUAUAGGCGUUUCAUAGAAGGAUUUUCUAAGAUAGUAGCCCCGUUAACACAACUGACCAGGAAGGAUCACCCGUUCGCCUGGACCGAUCGGUGUGAAUCUAGUUUUCAAGAGCUGAAGCGGAAGUUGACGAGCGCUCCAGUUUUGGUAAUUCCGGACACUGCCAAACCUUUCGAAGUUUACUGUGACGCAUCACACCAAGGUUUGGGGUGCGUUCUUAUGCAAGAAAAACGAGCAGUGGCGUACGCCUCUCGGCAAUUGAAGAUACAUGAGAGGAAUUAUCCAACGCACGACCUAGAGCUGGCAGCGGUCGUCUUUGCUCUGAAGAUUUGGAGGCACUACUUGUAUGGAUCCGUUUUCCAAGUCUUUAGUGAUCAUAAAAGUCUCAAGUACCUAUUUGAUCAAAAGGAGUUGAAUAUGAGGCAGCGGAGGUGGCUUGAAUUCCUAAAGGAUUAUGACUUCGAGUUGCUGUAUCACCCUGGAAAAGCGAACGUUGUGGCAGAUGCGUUGAGCAGGAAGGUGGUGCAUGUCUCGUCCAUGAUGGUUAGACAAUUGAGAUUGGUGGAGAAUUUUAGAGACCUAAGGUUGCAGUUCGAGUUGGAGCCGAACAGCAUUAGAUGCUGCAACCUCAGAAUAGCAAGUAACGUAUUCGACCGAAUUAGGAUGAAGCAAAGGGAGGAUGAAGAUUUGGUGCUGAUCUUAAACGCGCUCGGUACAGAUAAGGCUAAGCAUUUCAACACCGGGACGGACGGUCUUCUACGUUAUAUGGAUAGGACGUGCGUCCCGAAUGAUGGCGAGCUAAAGAGGAUUAUCCUGGAGGAAGGACAUCACAGCCACGGUCAAUCCGAGAGAACGAUUCAGACGCUCGAGGACUUAUUGAGAACGUGCGUACUCGAUCAUUUAGGCGUUUGGGACGAGGUAUUGCCAUUAGUGGAGUUCACCUACAACAACAGCUUCCAGUCCAGCAUUGGAAUGGCUCCCUUCGAAGCUCUUUACGGACGUAAAUGUCGCACGCCACUUUGCUGGUUUCAAGAAGGAGAAAACAUAUUGACUGGACCAGAACUCGUUCAACAAACGACUGAAAAGGUGAAAUUAAUACAAGAGAGAUUGAAGACGUCCAGAAGCAGGCAGAAGUCAUAUGCCGAUAAGAGGAGACGACCACUAGAGUUCAAAGCUGGCGAUCAUGUUUUUCUAAGGAUGAAUCCAACGACUGGAGUAGGAAGAGCGUUGAGAUCAAAGAAGUUGUCUCCCAAGUUCGUGGGGCCUUAUCAGAUUUUGAGAAGGAUUGGACCUGUUGCAUACGAACUAGCCUUGCCUCCACAAUUAUCCAACCUUCAUCCGGUAUUUCACGUUUCCCAACUCCGAAAGUACGUGUCUGAUCCCUCGCACAUAUUGGAACUGGAUGACGUUCGUCUUCGACAAGACCGAACGCUAGAGAUGAAGCUGGUUCGCGUUGAAGACGUUCGCACUAAGUUAUACAAAGGGAAGGACGUUCGACUGGUGAAAGUAGUGUGGGACGACAAGACUGGUGACUCUACUUGGGAAGUUGAGGAUGCCAUGAGGGACUUAUACCCUCAUCUGUUUCCUGGUAAGUCUUCAAUUUUCGAGGACGAAAAUUUUUGUAGUUAG